AACGAGAGCCCAACCUUUGCUCUGGUUCUAGCUGGCUUCUUGAUCAUGUGGUCUACCGGUUUCGGAGGUGAUUGUCCAGGUUUGAUACGGUAUUGGUAUUUCAGGCCGCUUAUCCAGCCAAAAUGGAGCUUUAUAAACUUGUUUAUUGCACGAUACUUGGGGCUCGUUAUCAACACCAUCGCUCACUGGCUAUAUAGGUCAAUCCCUAUCCCGAAAAAGCUAGUCUUCUGUUGGGAUUGAGCUAGAGUGGCUUAAGUGAUUGUCGUACUCCCCAUCAGACUGCUCGGGAACAUCGUC